AUGGCUAGAUUGAAUGGUAUUCAAAAAGCCAUGGCAGACAAACCUUCUGCUUCUCUUAUUGCCUUGGAAAAGGAUCUCCAAUCUGAACUAGCUUUGGUUCUUAAUCAAGAGGAGGAGUUAUGGUCUCUGAAAUCGAGGUUAAAUUGGUUGAUUCAAGGCGAUCGCAAUACAACCUUCCAUCAUAUGACUACUCUUAUUAGAAGGAAGCGCAACAAGAUUCUCAACUUAAAAAAUGGUCAAGGAGAAUGGAUUAACGACUUGGCUGCUGUUAAGGACUUUGUUCGUAGUAGCUUUUGUAAGCUUUACACCUCAGAAUUUACCUCAUCUCCCAAACUUAUUCCGGUGAGUGAUCUAGCUCUUCCCUUAUUGUCUGACGAGGAAGCUCAGAUCCUUAACCUUCCGGUUCAGGAUGAUGAAAUCAAGCAGGCUCUCUGGUCCCUGAAACCUUUUAAAUCCCCCAAUCUUGAUGGUCUCCACGCUACUUUCUUCCAAAGAUUCUGGCUAGUGGUUGGGAAUUCAAUGGUUGAUGAGAUUAAAAGAGCUACCUUUGUUCCUGGAAGGAAAGGGGUGGAGAACGCCAUAAUUGCUCAAGAGAUCAUUCAUAUAGCCAGUAGGAAGAAAGGAAACAUUGGUUAUAUGGUCAUCAAGAUCGACCUAGAAAAAGCUUAUGAUAGGUUAGAGUGGUCAUUCAUAAGGGAAGUCUUGCAUGCAGCAAAUUUUCUUCCGGAUCUUAUCCAAAUCAUCAUGAGUUGUGUGUCAUCAACUUCUACAUCUAUUCUCUUUAAUGGAGGCAUCCUUGAUCCUUUCCUUCCAUCAAGAGGUAUCCAACAAGGGGACCCCCUUUCCCCUUACCUUUUUAUUCUUUGCAUGGAAGUUUUAGGCAGAAUCAUCGAGCAUAAAUGCACUAAGGGCACUUGGAAACCGAUUAAAGCCUCUGCUGGUGGGCCUGCCUUCUCCCAUUUAUUUUUUGCAGAUGAUCUCCUGCUGUUUGCUAAGGCAAACCCUUCUAAUUGCCGCUGUGUGAAAGAAGUCAUUGAGGAAUUCUGCAAGAGGUCGGGCCAAAAUAUCAAUCCCCUAAAAUCCAAAGUUUAUUUCUCUCCGAAUGUUGAUAGAGAUAGAAGAGCUGAAUUAUGUGAUAUCCUUGGAUUCCAUUCUACCCCUAAUCUGGGUUCUUAUUUGGGCUUUCCUAUUAGGCAUGCUGGGUCGUCUAACCAAGAUUUGAAUUUUGUGUUGGAUCGAGUUAAACAAAGACUUGUAGGUUGGAAAGCUAGCUUACUUUCCUUGGCUGGGAGGAAAGGAUCUUCGGAUUCAAAGAGGAAAAUUCAUUGGGUGGGGUGGAAGAAAGUGACUCGACCCGUUGAGGAAGGUGGUCUUGGCAUUCAAACAGCCAAGGGCAGAAACUUAGCUUACCUGGCCAAGCUUAACUGGAGGUUCAAUGCAGAGAAGGCAGUUCUGUGGACUCAAGUCCUUAGGAAGAAAUACAUGUCGCCCAGAAGAAUUAAUUCUAGAAGUGUAAAUGCUCUUCCUAGUUCUAGGACCUGGAAAGCAAUGAAAGUAGGCAUGGACAUCUUCACAAAGGGUACACGGUGGAGUCUUGGGCAUGACAAUAAUCUCAAAUUCUGGAUUCGGUGGGAAAGACCAUGUCAAGGGUGGUUCAAGCUUAACACUGAUGGUUCCUCCCUAGGCAAUUCAAGUGCUGCAGGGGGAGGAGGAAUCUUACGGGAUGCCUCAGGAAAUUGGGUUCAAGCUUUCUCCAGAAAUAUAGGAACAACGACUAGCUUUAUGGCUGAAAUUUGGGCUCUUAGGGAUGGCUUACUUAUGUGUCUAAACUUGGGUAUUAAUGCUUUAGAAGUAGAGCUUGAUGCUAGAGUAGUUGCUGAUCCAAUGAACUGUUCUGCAAACUCUAAUGUUGCUAAUUUUGCUGUUGUGAACAAUUGCAAGCGCCUGAUUUCUCUUCUUCCUCAAGCCAAAGUGACUCACUGCUAUCGGGAGGCCAAUCAAUGUGCUGAUGGUCUAGCUAGAUUAGGCACUCAACAAGAUGCUGAUAUUUUGUUUUACAACUCCCCUCCCCCCUCUUUGUUGUAUUGUUUUCUUUUGGACCUCUAUGGCCACUUUUGUACCAGGCGUUGCCCUGCUAUUGUUGAUGUUGUUGCCGUUUCUUAG